GUUUCAUAUACCAUCUCGUCUCUUGUGCAGUCCGGGUCUUCCAUAUCGUUUAACCAUCGUUCGUCCUUACGUACUUCCGUCAAACGGAAGUUGUUGAAACAGGGUUGCGAGAAACGAUCGCCAUCGCGAGUGCAUCGAUUCAUUCAUUUUCGACGGAAGCGUCUUUACCAAUUCUUUAAUGAGCCUGAUCGUCACACGGAUACGCCGACGUAUCUAUCGUGUCAAAGAAAAAACCAUUGACCCAACGGACGAAUACUAUCAGAUUUUGACUAUAUCGAACACAGGAUGACGUUGACAUGUUGGGAAAAACUGUCGCUUGUCGUAUUGGCAGCGAUCGGGUUGCGAAUUUUGUUACGGCUCAGCCUGAUCCUAUGGAGGCAAUACAUAGGACCGACUCUUGGUUUCGGCAUCGACCCAAAGGAUCAAGGUCGAUGGGCAGUGAUCACUGGUUCAACCAGCGGUAUCGGGAAAGCGUACGCGGAGCAACUGGCACGAAAGGGCAUGGACAUAGUGCUGGUCUCGCGAUCCUUGGAAAAGCUCGAGGAAGUAUCAGCGGAGAUCAAAGAACGGUACGGCGUCAAAGUUCGAAUCGUCGAUGCAGAUUUGACCAAAGGGCAGGUAGCUUACGCAAAAGUUGCUAAAGCCAUCGAAGAACUCGAGAUCGGUGUUGUGGUGAACAAUGCUGGGGCUAGUUACGAGCAUCCAGAGUUAUUCACUCAGAUCACCGAGGAAUGCGUAGCGCAGAUCUUGCAAUUGAACGUCGAGGCUAUAACUGGCAUCGCGAAGAUCGUUCUUCCAAAAAUGUUCGAACGGAGGAAAGGAAUUUUGAUAAAUAUAAGCUCGCUAUUGGGAAUUAUGCCGGCGCCUUAUCUGACCGUGUACGGAGCUUCCAAGGCUUACGUCGUCAAACUUAGCCAAGAUUUAGCCGUAGAGGCCGAACCGCACGGAGUCACUGUCCAAUGCAUAGUUCCUGCCAUGGUGGCGACCAAGAUGUCAAAGAUCAAGAAAACAACUUGGAUGGCACCGAGUGCGGAAAAAUUUGUAGAAUCGUCGUUAAAAACGAUCGGCAUCGAAUUGAUUUCAACAGGCUACCCACCACAUUAUUUGUUACUAGCUUCCGUAAACGUAUUACGUUCUAUAUGCGAGAAAGCUACGAUUUGGUUGAUCGCGAAGACAAUGUGCAACGUAAGGCGUCGAGCUUUGCAGGGCAAAGCUCGACAGCAAAAGAAGGCGCAACAACAAGGCUCACCCCUCGCUGCCGAAUAGUUUCAAUUUAAAUUCAAAUUGAUAAGAACUUACACCUGAAAGUGCUUUAAUACUUCUUUUUAAACGGAAAGUGUUGUUCAACUUUAUAGUUACCUGUUAAACUAUUUGUUACAUUGUUUGUACAUAUAUUUUGUAAUGUAUAAUUAUUAUAACAACAAAGAACAUUGUUUCCUUAAUCGUUUUGGCGAUUGUAUGAUUUUUGUACUGUACCGCCACAUCGUUCUUUGCACGAAUGUUUUGAAUUUGCGAUAAGUUUCGCGGUAGGUAAGAUAGGUGGUUAUCGAUAAAUCGAUCGUGUAGUGGUUAAUACAGGAAGGGAAGCAAAGAUGGCGCUCAGCGUACUUUCUCCCGCACGUGUGCGUCGACGCCUGCGCUCUAGGUUUCGAGAGGAAGCCCCCACCAUUUGCAUUCAAUCAGGAGAAUCCGAUGCGCGACGAUAAAAAAUUACUUCUUUAGUAUUCGUGCGCAAGCGCAAACAGCUAGUCGAGACGACAGUGGGAGAGUUCUUCCCCUACACCGCUAUACUUCAUCGUUAGAAGGUUAACGUGCACACGAUACAUAAGCACUUGCUUUGCGUAUAGAAUUGCUGUUAACAAGGUCUUGUACGUACAAUUUCGUAUCAAUUUCAAAGAAUAUAAAUUAACCUUGGAUUAUUUUUAAACAGCGCUGUCUCUCCAACGAAAGCAAACUGCGGAUCAAAUCGUUUAUACGGUUAUAUGAAUUGUUAUGGCCACGUCCAUGGUAUCCGUUGGAUGUUAAAUUUUCGAUACGUUUUUCGUUUAUCGAUGGUUUUUGGAAUAAUGCAUCGUUAAGAAAAGUUUGCUUUUUGGUGAAAACUGGAACAGUGUUUCCUUUGAAGGAGAAAGAGAUAAGGAUAAGGUUAACCAGCAGGCAA